CUUGCGAUGCUGCCAGCAACAUUCAAGCUUUGUGCCGGAAUUUCCUACAGACACUUGCCCAACAUGACAGGUUUGAAGAGACAAGCAGCUGUAGCCAUUGUACAGGAACUGAAGAAAGUUGCAUUUUCCAGGCCUGGCCCUACCCAAUGGAUCAACAACGUACACAGAAGGAGUUCUCUUCUAGGUUCGAGGCUGGAAGAAAACCCUUUCAGUGAUAUGGAGAUGUCCUACAUCAAGCAAGGAGAGGAGGCUAUCCAGAAGUCUCUGAAUAUUCUUGGAGAAAAAAGCGGCUGGAAAACAGAGGCAGUGAUGGGUAAUGGUGACAAAGUCUUGAGCAAAGUGUUGCCUGAUGUGGGUAAGGUUUUCCAGCUUGAGGUAGUGGUUGAUCAACCCCUGGAUUGUGUCUAUGAUGAGCUGGUGGUAAAGAUGGAGCAGAUGGGAGACUGGAAUCCAAAUAUUAAAGAGAUCAAGAUUCUCCAGAAGAUUGGCAAAGAUACCGUGAUCACUCAUGAAACCUCAGCAGCAACUCCUGGCAACGUAAUUGGCCCACGAGACUUUGUCAGCGUCCGGUGUUCCAAACGGCGUGGCUCUACAUGCCUCUUAGCUGGCAUGUCAACCACCUAUGCCCCCAUGCCAGAACAAAAAGGAGUUAUCAGAGCGGAAAAUGGUCCCACAUGCAUGAUUCUUCAUCCAGUUCUAGGAAAUCCCUCACAAACCAAGUUAACCUGGCUUCUCAGCAUUGAUUUAAAGGGAUGGCUUCCAAAGACAUUGAUCAACCAAGUUCUUUCUCAAACCCAAAUGGAUUUUGCUAACCACCUCCGGAAUCGUUUGACCAAAUCUACAUCUGCACAAGCCCUCAGAUGCUAA